AUGUUCAUUAUUAAUCAUAAGAUACAGUGGCCACCAGAAGAGCUUUUAUCACCACAAGCAAAAGAUCUCAUCACAACACUUUUAAAUCAAGAUCCUGCCAAACGACCAACAGUUGCUGAGAUCAAAGCGCAUCCAUUUUUCCAUGGAAUUGAUUGGGACCAUAUUCGAGAUCAGCCAGCACCAUUUGUUCCAAAUCCGGAAGAUGAACAAGAUACUAGUUAUUUUGAUGCUCGUAAUAACCGUGCAGAUAUUCGUAGAUUAUCAGCUGGUAAUAUUGAAGAAUUCGCGUUAGGUAGGAUGACAGCACCUGGUGAUCGUAGAUCGAUGAUCCUCUCUGACGAUGACAAUAAUGAACAAUCUAACAACAAUAACUGUGUUUAUCCAAUAUCAUCAAGUGUACAACCACCAAAUCUAUUAUUAUCAACAGUCACUGCAAAUUUGAUUGAUAAUAUUUCAUUACAUUCACCAACAUCACCAACAGAGAUUCCAAUUAAACAUCAUCAAAAACGAAGACCAUCACUUUUAAAAUUAACUGCAGGGGGCAAGUCAAGGAAGCAAUCUAUCAGUGGAACCAAUAGUGAUAGCAAUACAUUAAUAUCACCUUCAUAUAAUACACGAUCAAGAAGAUCAACAUUGGUCGGAUCACCUAAAAUGUAUGAUAUGGAGCAGACUAUAGCAUCAGCUUAUGAAGUACACGCAGCAGGAAAUCAAACGAAUCGAAAUGAGACAGAAUUUGAUGCUUUUGUUUAUAAGGGAGUAUCGGUUCUAGGCGAUCCAGCUAUAACAGCAUCAUCAGGCAAUAUCAUUGCAUCAUCGCA